AUGUCUGGUAAAGAUCGUUAUGCUGUAUUUCCAUCUCGAAUGGCACAAACAAUAAUGAAAAGUCGUUUGAAAGGUGCUCAGACUGGACAUAGUUUAUUGAAGAAGAAAGCUGAUGCAUUAACAUUUCGUUUUCGGACAAUACUAAAAAAAAUUAUUGAGACAAAAAUGUUAAUGGGUGAUGUGAUGAAAUUGGCUGGUAUUUCAAUAGCUGAAGCAAAGUUUUCCACGGGUGGUGAUUUUAGUCAAGUUGUUAUUCAAAGUGUGAAUAAAGCCCAAGUAAAAAUUCGAACAAAGCGUGACAAUGUUGCUGGUGUUGUUUUGCCAUUGUUUGAAUCGUACAAUGAUGGCGGAGAUACCUUUGAAUUAACUGGUCUAGCACGUGGUGGUUUACAAUUACAACGAUUAAAACGUAAUUUUGGUGAAGCCAUUAAACAUUUAGUUGAAUUGGCUACAUUGCAAACAUCAUUUGUUAUGUUAGAUGAAGUUAUCAAAACAACAAACAGACGAGUGAAUGCUAUUGAGCACGUUAUAAUGCCCAAAAUUAAUCGAACAAUAACGUAUAUUAUAUCUGAAUUAGAUGAAAUGGAACGUGAAGAAUUCUACAGGUUGAAAAAAGUUCAAGAAAAAAAGAAAAAACUUCGUGCAAUAGAAGAUAGACGUCUGGAUGAAUUACGUUUAAAUGGACAAAUGACAAUUUUUGAUGCACCAGAUCUUGUAGCAGAUGAUAAAGACGAAGAUGUUAUAUUUUGA